AUGGGUCUGCGUGGGAAAUAUUUACACUGGGCUGUGACGGCUGCAAGCUGUCAGGCCUUCCUUCUUCUCGGCUAUGACCAAGGAGUCAUGAGCGGCCUGAUCGGCGCCAACAACCAGUUUGGCCAGACUUUCAAUAACCCUGACAGUACAAUGCAGGGAUUGCUUACUUCAAUUUACGAUAUCGGCUGUGCAGUCGGCUGUCUUCUCAGUCUUGUCAUCGGCCACCGGUUCGGCCGUCGCAAGAUGAUCAUCGCGGGCGGCUCAAUCAUGAUCAUCGGAACAAUCAUUCUAGGCAGCUCCUAUUCCGUCGCCCAAUUCCUCGUCGGCCGUAUAGUCACCGGUAUCGGGAAUGGUAUUAACAGCAGUACCGUCCCAGCCUAUCAGUCCGAGCUGGCUCGACCCGAAGCACGUGGCAUGUUGCUCUCUGCACAGGGCACGGUGACCAUCCUCGGUCUGUGCAUUGCAUACUGGUUAGAUUAUGGGUUAAGCUUCGUGGAUACACCGGUCCAGUGGCGGUUCCCAAUCAGCUUCCAGGCAUUCUUUGCCAUAUGCCUGGUCUUGCAGAUGAUUCCAUUGCCUGACUCGCCUCGCUGGCUCUGCGAGCAAGAUCGCAGUGAUGAGGCGGGCUCCGUCCUGGCCCGUCUUCAGUUGCAACAGCCUGCCAAUGAGUCAAACCCUGAAGUUGUACACUUGCGUCGCCAAAUUGAAACGUCUAUUGAGAUUGAGUCUGCUGGCGGACCAUUCAAAUACAAGGAACUUUGGUCUGGUGGGUCGAUGGGUAACCUUCGUCGCAUGAUCUUGGCUGCUGUUGUGAAUAUCCAACAACAAUUUACUGGAUCCAAUAUGAUUAAUUACUAUGCGCCCGUUGUCUACCAGAACGCCAUGAACCUUUCUCGCAACCUCUCCCUUGUUCUAGGUGGCUGCACAUCUCUCGCGUACCUCGUCGGCUCGAUUAUUCCACUAUGGAGUAUGGACAAGUUUGGCCGAAGAGUAUCCCUCAUGGUAUCUGCUGCUGGACUUUGCUUCUGCUUCGUGAUGACUUCGAUUCUCCUUUCAAUCGGUACUGCCAAAUGUGCAUAUGCCGCUACUGUUUUUGUGUUUAUAUUCCAACUCUUCCUCGGUAUUGGCUAUCUUCCAGUCCCAUGGUUCUAUCCCUCUGAGAUCUCGACUACCCGCAUUAGAGCACGCGCUCAGGCUUUUGGUGGUUUUGUGAAUUGGAUUUGUGUUUGUGAGUUGAGGUGUUCAUGGCCUCAAAUUAUGUAUGCUCAUUUGAAAACAGUCAUUGUCGUUCAGAUUACGCCAACUGCCAUUGAUAAUAUUGGAUGGAGGACCUUUAUCAUCUUCGCCUGUUUCUGCUUUGCGUGGAUACCCAUGGUGUUCUUCUUUUUCCCUGAGACCAAAGGCCUGGAACUUGAGGAUGUUGAUCACCUCUUUGAAAAUGGCGGCAUCACUGGGGGCGUUUGGGCGUCUAGGGGUUACCCCGUUCACCCCGGGCAUCAUCGGGCCAUCAAUGAGGAAAGAAUUGAGAAACACGUACCCGAGGCUAUCCAUGUCGAAGCAUAG